GGGUUCACGUAUGUCUACAAGAGAUUCUUACACUGAGGAGGACAUUAGAAAGGCAAUUGAAGAAGUAAAAAGUGGUGAAAGAACUGCUUCAGAGGCAUCCAAGUUGUACAAUAUCCCGCGCACCACAUUGAGGGACAAAAUAAGUGGUAAAGCGCCUGUUGUAAAAAAGAUGGGCCCACAAACCUACCUCACUGAAGCAGAAGAAAAUGUUUUGGUGAAUUUUAUUGUUAGCGCACAGAAACGUGCCCACCCUGUUACCAAAGAAACCAUUAUGUCAUUGGUAACUAGUCUUCUUUCGGAUGAAAGGUUACUUAUGGAAGUAAAUAGAAACCGUCCCUUUCAAUUUGGAAGAUCAAGGACUCGACAGCCAGGGAAUAAAUGGUAA